AUGGUAUAUCACUUCAACGCUUUGGAGAGUCAGGUCGCCUCUAUGCCAUCAUCUUCCAAGAGCUCAAUGGGAUCUCUACCAGGAAAACCAGAAAAGAAUCCCAAGGAGUCUUGCAAUGUUAUCAUCUCUACUACUUCUUCAGAGAUUGGGCUGAGUGAUUAUGAAAAAGAAGUAGAUGAGAUUGAGAAGCUAGUGUUUGAGACUGAACUUGGGAAAGUUGAGAAAUUGGUUGUAGCAAUAGCUGAAGCACAGAUGGUGGAUAAGACUACGGAAAGGGUCAGGGAUGAGAAACCGGUUGAGAGGAGAGCUGACCAUAAGCUGAAGGCGGUCAAGCUGGAAGAAGCUCCUGAGGUUGAGCUACCACCAUAUGAGGUCCCACUCCCAUUUCCACAAAGGGUCCUCACCCAAGCUCAGAAGAAGGUUAUCUCCAAGUUCAGGAAAGGUCUUAGUGAUGUUGGGGUCAGGCUCCCAGAAAUCUCCGAUAUGCGUGAAGCUCAUGUCCAAAUGAUGCUCAUCAAGGACAUUCUAGACCACCAAGCAGAAGUGGUCGAGCUUUUGGACAUCUCCAUUUUGAAGAUUGAUCCACCAGUCCCUCCACAGUCCCUCCCUAAGCUAGAGUCUCAAGGAAAGUUCACAUUGUCUUGCUCCCUUGGUAAGAUCACUAUGGAUGAUGCUUUGGUUGAUUCGGGUGCAAGUGUGAAUGUGAUCUCAUUGGAAAUGGUGAAAAGUCUUGGUAUUGAGAGCAUGGAGCCAAACACAUCUUCUCUCAUGUUCGGGGAUUCAUCUUCUACAACCCCAAUUGGCCUCAUCAAGGACUUCCCUUUGAAGAUUGGAGAAUGCACAAUUCCUAUAGAACUCACUGUCUUGAAGAUGACCUCACUCCAUUUCUCACAACAGUUGGACCAUGUAUUGAUUUCCCAAACAAGAAGGUCACACUCCUGA